UCAAAGGGUGUGGAAUCUCCCCAGCUGUCCCUGGCUGUCCUUGUGGUGACCAGAAGGGACGCCUGCCUCUUCCCCAGCUCACCUUGGCAUGCUUUGACCUAUUCCCAGUCAGCAUUUUGAGUUUUGUGGUGUGUUUUUUUUUUAGACCCACAAAACAAACCAUUGUAAAAAGGCCAAUGGUCUGGCUGGCCAGACAGCAGGUGUCCCUUAAGCCUGGAAUUCCUGCACUCUUGUGUCCCUUUGCAGCCCCUUCCCCCAAUUUUACAAAUAUCUGCAGCUACCCUCCCCACUUCCCCACUCCCGAAGGCCUGAUGGGCUCAAGUUUCUGUUUCUAGAAACCAGAGCUGCUGCUGCUGCUGCUGGAGGCUGACUUGGCUUUCAGACUUAGCUUUCAGACCCUGAAGAGGGGGUGCACUCAGGGCUUCUUCUUUGUCUUCAGCCUCUGCAAUUUCUCAGAACGCCAUCCACCUUCCCCGACCCUCAGGCUGGCCAAGGACCCGAGCACUUUGUGGGGUGGAAGAAGGACUCCCAUUCCCCGCUCCCUCUACAGGCGAGGUCCACACUGGAGAGGAGGUCCACUGGCUUGCGGCGGCCUUGCCUAGGGUCAGGCCCUGGGGAUACUCCUGCCGAGGGCUCCUGCAACCCUCAGCCUUCUGAGAUGGGUGUUUUGUCCCCAUUUUUCAGAUAAGCAAAGGGACAAUCAGAAGGUGGGUGACAGAGGGGUCAGGUCAGAGGCACCGCAAUCACUCAAUGAUUCCAGAAUGACUGGCCCUGUGCUAACGUCACCCAAGGACCACCCUGGGGACCCCAGGCAGGCCAAACCUGGGCGGGGCUCAGACUGACAGUGCAGGGUGUUCAGCAGCUGUGAUGGGGGAAGGGGAGGGCGACCGAGGUCUUCGGACCCAAAUGACAAGGUGCGGCCCCCAACAAGGCAGGGGCUGCUUGGGAGACUGGUUGGUCCCAGAGCAGGGCAGCAAGGGUUGGGGGCUGGAAGGGGUCAGCCUCCACCACAGCCAGAACUGCCCCUGGCUGACCUGGCUCUCAUCUGUGGACCCUCCACUUUCCUCCGGGCACACCGAAGUCGGUCUGGUGGCAUCCAGGCAAAAGCUGGGUGACAUCACCUGGCCAGUUUAUGGUCCAGGUUCCUCAGACGUAAUGUAUCAUAAUUGGUUAUACAUUAACCACCUGGCCUCUCAAGAGCCUCAAAGGAGUGGCUGGCCUUUCAUCCACAGAUCACCACCCCUUACCCCCGUCAGCCGGGGGUGCAGGGCAGGCAGAGGUGGGCCAGGCUCCGGGCAGGGCCAGCCUCUGGGCAGGGCACUGGAGACCUUAGUCAUCAUCAUCGUCUGUCUGAGUGCAGCCAGGUAGGCAUUGUUCCUCCUGGUGCCCUGGUCCUAAGCUCUGCAGAAUCCAGAGGGGAAGUUAGCUGGGAAGAGCAGAGGGGCAGGGCUUCCUUGGGGUCUCAGAGCAUGGGCUGGGCAGAGAGGAGGGGACCUCGGUCACCUGAUCCCUGCUAGGGAUGUGGGCGAAGCCUCCCCGGUGGGCAUCCUUAGCUUCUCCAUUUCCUCCAGGGUCUCCUUCCUGCCUGUUCCCCCCUCUUUCAAACCUUCCAUUGUUUCUCUGCAGCUAGCUUUACUGGCUUUACAUCCCAGUGCCACUUUGGUCUCAUUGGCUGUGUGACCUUAGACAAGUUACUUAACCUCCCUGAGUCUUAGUUUCCCCAUCUGUGAAGUGGUCCCCCCCUCACAGGAUUGUGGGGAGGAUUCAAUGCAGUGACACUUAGCUGGGCUUACAAAGCAUCAAUUCUCAUUGGAGGAGUCCCAGUAUACAGACUCUGCCCGGGGCCUGGAGGAGUCCAGUGCUUGAGGACUCAGACCAAGGGCUGGGGCGGGCUCCGAUGGAACAGAAGGACAGCUCUGGGAGGCUGUGGAGGAGGGGCACUUGGAGGAGCUGGUCAGCCAGUCACGGACAAAGAAGAAAGUGGGAAGUCAGGACCACAGGAAACCACCACCAAGUCACCGAGUCUUAAUUUAGGCUUAGUAGGCGUCCAGCCUCAGCUCCACACCCCAGCUGAGUGGCUGGGGAAAGAGGAACCCCCAGGAGAAGUGGAAAAUUGAGAUCUCAGGGGAGCAAUUAGGGAGUGAUUCAGGCGGUGCAUCACCAAGGGGGUGAAGCAGAGUCACUGGGAAGAGAGGCUGGUGAGCCAUGGGUGGGGCUGGGUUGUCUCAGUGUUAGAGCAGGAGGCAGGGAAGCCAUGAUGCAGCCACACAGGGACAUGAACCCAGAGAGUGGGAAGCCACCAACAGUCCCUCACCUUCUUAUCCCCGGAGCUCCCAGACCCAAGCCCAGCCAGGGCAGGGGCAUGGAAGGGCUGAAGCCAGGCACCCGGGUUUCCGCCAUGGACCCAGAGGGGCCCAUGACAAGGGUUACAGACACCCUGGUCCAUCCUGGAAGAGUUCAGAGAGCCUCACAGGCUGGCAGCGCUGGGGAAGGGGCUGGCUCUGCAGGGGCCUAGCCACUCCCGUUUGAGCAGGCUGGAGCAGCCCGGGCCUGAGAGGUGUCCUAGUGGGGUUACUGCUGCCAGGCCCUGGGUUAGGGCCCAGGCUACAGGGGAGCUGAGUGGGCUGGGCACAUCUAUCACGCUCCAGGCCCAAAAGCUAAGCCCGCCUUGCAGGGAGCGGAGUGCUGGAGGCAGACAGUCCGGCCCCUGCCCCCACUCCCUCUCUACACUCCCCACAGAGGAACCUGCUCUGAAUCAGCCCUGCUGAGCAAUAACAGAGCUGCUGCUUCCCUUUUCUGCCGUCUCCAGUCCCCCGCUCAGCCCAUUUCAUCCAGCUCUCAUUGCACCCUGGGUCCUGGGACACAGGACCCCCUCCCUCGUGUAAGUGGCUUCUGCACUGCAGAGAAUGUGCCCCUGCGGGGGAGGCAGACCAGGGAGAGUCAGGGCCAGGGCGGAAGGCCACUUCUGCAGACCCUGCCAGACCCCCAUCUCCUGCACCUUGGCUGAUCCCAGUUAAACCCUCUGAUAUGUGAUUCCAUUUUCUGGAAUGCACCCUGGGGCCCAGUCAGGGGUGUUCCCAGAGCGAUUUGCAGUGACAAAGUGCCCACAGCAAAGUGUCCUCACGGGACUGGGCAGCUAGCCGUGGGCGGGCGGUCCUGGGACUCCAGGGCUGUCGCGGCCCUGCCCUGGUCGCAGCCCGCGCGGCCUACUUCUGGGGCGGUGGGACUUUCAGCUUGUCUUUGCACGGGCGUGUGCAAGCACAGGAACGCGCAUCCGGGAGGAAGCUGACCCGGAGGCGCGCCCCGCGAUCCCGCGAGCGACCGCAGGGCGCCGUGACGUCAUCGGCGGGCGCCGGGCCCGAGGAGCCGGAAGUGGUGUGGCCGCUGUCGCGGUGCCACGUGCGGAGCCUCCCGCCGCAGGAGUCGACACAGUGUCGCUGGUUCCUGGCACCUGCCAGUCUGCAGUACCAUGAGCUUUGUGGCUUAUGAGGAGCUGAUCAAAGAGGGUGACACAGCCAUCUUGUCACUGGGUCAUGGUGCUAUGGUGGCAGUGCGCGUGCAGCGUGGGGCACAGACCCAGACCCGGCACGGUGUCCUGCGGCACUCAGUAGACCUCAUCGGCCGCCCCUUCGGCUCCAAGGUGACCUGUGGCCGAGGUGGCUGGGUGUACGUGCUGCACCCCACGCCGGAGCUGUGGACGUUGAACCUGCCGCACCGCACGCAGAUCCUCUACUCCACGGACAUCGCGCUGCUCACUAUGAUGCUGGAGCUGCGGCCCGGCGCCGUGGUCUGUGAAUCCGGCACUGGCAGCGGCUCCGUGUCCCACGCCAUCAUCCGCACCAUUGCGCCCACAGGCCACCUGCACACGGUGGAGUUCCACCAGCAGCGGGCGGAGAAGGCGCGGGAGGAGUUCCAGGAGCACGGUGUGGGCCGCUGGGUGACUGUGCACAACCAGGACGUGUGCCGCAGCGGCUUCGGCGUGAGCCACAUGGCGGACGCCGUCUUCCUGGACAUCCCGUCCCCUUGGGAGGCUGUGGGCCACGCCUGGGAUGCCCUCAAGGUUGAAGGUGGGCGCUUCUGCUCUUUCUCACCCUGCAUAGAGCAGGUGCAGCGCACAUGCCAGGCGCUGGCCGCCAGAGGCUUCUCAGAGCUCAGCACCCUGGAGGCGCUGCCACAGGUGUACAACGUGCGUACCAUCAGCCUGCCCGCGCCGGACCUGGGAGCCGGCCUCGGCCCCGGCGCCGACACCUGCCCCUUCCGCAGCGGCACACCCAUGAAGGAGGCCGUGGGCCACACUGGCUACCUGACCUUUGCUACCAAGAGCCCGGCUUAGUGUGCUGCCCGCUGGGAGUGCUGGAGGCCCCGGCAGGAAGGCGCAGUCCACUGCCGGCGCCGUAUAUGGUCACAGAUGCCUGCGGGGCCUGUGUUUAGACAGAUGGUGGGGUGGAGCUGGGGGCCUCCUGGGUGGCCAAAAGGGGACCGUCAACACCAGGCCUCGUUCCCAGGAGGGAGGCCUCCACCCGUCCCACUGUGCUCUGUGUCCCAGUCCUGCUGUUGCUCAUCACCACACGGAGUCCCCACGGCCAUAGGCUUUUCUGAAUGCUGAGGCCCAGGUCUCACCCCUUCCCAGGUGGCCCCAAACAGGGAGGGAGGUGGGGGGGGCAGAGACUCAGGGAGGAGGGCUGGGGGCUCAGGGCCCUGGGUUGUGGGCCUGCUCAUCGGAAGCCCAGCCCUGCUCUGGCCUCUCUGCCCACCCUCCCCAGGGCCUUCGCAUGAAUAGGGAGAGGCGGCCCUGCUGUGUGGCCCCCGGCCUGACCCCACCCCCUUGGGUGCUGCACCUCCCCUCCCGCUGAAGGGGCAGC